GCUGUUGCUUAAGCUGUGUUUAUAUUGCAGAAAAUUAGUAUACAGGUUAUUUAUUUUUUGUUACAUAUAAACAUGUAUAAAAAUACUGCGUUGUCACUAGCAACAACCAGUUUUCAAAAACAACCAGACAUAACCAUCAAAUUGACCGUUUCUAUCAUGAAUUGCUACGGGAUCUGUUUGCCAUUUUUAUUUUUAUUAUUUGAAAACUUGUUGGGAGAAUCUCCCCCGGGAAAUCGCACAGACCUAUCGCGGUGCAAAUUAAGCCAUUUAGGUCUGGAGUACACCGGAAAUAUAGGGAAAACGGAGUCGAAUGUGCGGUGCCAAAGUUGGACCAGUAAUCAACCUCACAAGGUGAGCGGAGAUUAUACGGAUCAGAUGUUUCCUUUUGGUUCUAAGAAGGCAUCCAAAAACUAUUGCAGGAAUCCUGACAGAAAACCUACGGGUCCAUGGUGCUAUACCAUGAACUCCGAUUUAAUAGACGAAACGUGUGCCAUACCAUUAUGUUCAAUUUCGGAAUGCAGAUUGACUGGUCCGGGCAUGGAAUAUGGCGGUAAACAUGACAAAGGCACUUCAGGCAGACAUUGUUUUAAAUGGGACAAAGAUCGUAAGAAAGUUUUGGAAAAUGGAAACUAUACGAGAAUAAAUAAAUUUCCCGCAAACAACUUUCCUGAAAACAGCUUAUCCAAGGCUAAAAAGUUUUGCAGGAACCCUAAUGGGGAUAUCGGUGGCCCCUGGUGUUUCGUAGAACAAGAGGAACUCGGUUACAUUGAAAAAGAGUAUUGUGAUAUCCCAUUUUGUUAUGAUCCAGAAUGUUCUGUAUUUACUAAAAAUUAUGAUACAUAUAUGCACUUUACAGAUUUUAAUGGUUCCGUCUUUACUGAUAUAAAAUUCUCCAUAAAAUUAUGGGACUCUGAUAACUUUAACGAGGCCAGUGCUAGAUUGGUCUUAAGUGUUUUGGCUCUACCUUUAACCGGAAAAGAAAUGGCCGAUUUAGGAAUUGGAAUUGAACUUUAUAUUUCAAAUAAAGAGUCUGCGUUACGUUAUGGAAACAAAGACUCUCCAGACUAUGAACCCACCCCCGGCAUUUUAACUUCGAGCAACUUCACCACGUUUACCUUAAAUUGGGACAGAGGAUUUUUAACUUUUGGUAUUGAAGGACAAGUGAAGCCAAUUUUUCUGGCAGAAAUGAAAACCAAAAAGAAUUUACUCGGCUUCCAUAAAGACAAGUUUUAUUUUUAUUCUGUGCAAGGCACAAAUGUCAUUUGGAAUUUUCCAUUUUGCCUGGACGAUGAUGAAUGUGACGUUCACACCACCACUGGCGGCGAAUUCCAACAAUUUUGGCCUCUUCGGCAAAAAGACAUAGUACAAGAUCUUUACAUUCACAUAAGGGCGUUUCGGUCUGCGGCUAUUUUAGUAACACCUUCUCCCACAAUUGACUAUCCCUGUUUUAAAAUUGUCUUUAAUGGUCCUAAUGGAAACACUAGGGUAACCCUAAAGGAGUUUAAAACCGCGAAAGAGAAUGUCCUUAAGGAGAUCCAGCUAGAAGGCAUUAUAGAUUACUGGCAAUGGAGCGAGUUUUCAAUUUCUUUUUUUGCGAAUAGCUUGCAGAUUUACAUGAAAAAAGCGAUAGGAAUGCAUUCUCUUCUCGAAUCAAAAGAAGAGAGCUUUCGAAAAUUGCGCUGGUUCAGUGUGAGCUCCGAAAAUUCGGUUGCUCACUGGAGCUUUUUUUGUCAACCGCCAUAUUUCGCCGAACCGCCGAUGGCUCUGUUGCCAGAGUGCGCAAUAAAUCCCAACGAGCCAGAUUAUAGCGGCACCCAAGAUGUCACUAGCGAGGGGUUACCUUGUUUACCGUGGUCUGGCAAGAAAAUGAUACCUGACGAUAUGACAACUUUGUUUAAGAAUGAGUCUGCCAUACUGGAUUGGAAGAAUUUUUGUAGAGACCCUGGAUCACAGGGUGAAGGUACAUUUUGUUACGCCUUAAAUCAAACGCCUGUAAAAAAGGCAGAAAAAACAUUUUGCAAGUUAAGGAAAUGUAAAUCGCAGCAGUGCAAAAUGGCUGGCACCGGUAACGAUUUUAUUGGUCAAGUAUCCACUACCAGAUCGGGCAGAAGUUGCGACAGUUGGAGUAUUUCUCCAGGCUCAGUGCACCACGAAUACAUGUACAUUUUUAACGAUUCUUAUUUUGCUGAAAUGAAUGCAAAAGAUGCGAGGGAUUUCUGUAGAAACCCUAACAGAGAUAUUUCUGGUAGCUGGUGUUACACAAAAGAUCCCCAAGUAGUCCAAGACGUUUGCAGCGUGCGCGACUGUGACAGACCAGAAGAAAUGAUAGUCAUAGUGUCGACAAAUCAAAAAGGACGUAAGAUAUUUAUUUUGCCGCAGUGGAAGGAAAAGGGAUUACACGGAGGGCUAAAGUUUGCUUUAAAAGAAUGGAACCCUGACUUGUUGGCUGGCCUGGUGUUUGUAUUUUUCCCUAAGGAGGGAUCUGGAGAGUUGGCUUUAAUCAUUGGUGCUGAAAUGAACGAAAAAGUUGUACUUUUAUUAAACGGCGAGUUGAUUGAAUCAAAAACUUUUCCUCAUUUGAUAUCUGCCGGAAAGUGGACCGAUUUUUGGUUACAAAUUCGGAAAGGAGAAAUUAUGUUCGGUUUUAAAGGUGUACCUACACCGCUUUUUGAAUGGUUUGACAAGGAGGACAAGGCAUUCGAUCCAGUUUUUAUGACAUAUCAUUCACAUUAUGAGACUAUGCCUAUAGGUGUAUUUUUGCAGAUCGAUGAAUGCCAUACAGAAAAUACAACAGAUAACAAUUUUCUUAAGUACUUUCCUAUUGGGCUUUAUUCAGAACAAGAACACAAUACUUACACCAAUCUCUCAUUGAAAAUGAGAGGUAGCGGACAAAUCUGGUUAAGUCUCAUGUGGGUCGCCAAUAAUUUAAACUCGAUACAACUCAAACUAGACACUAUUAAUGGUGUAAUUAGUUUGAAUAUAGUAAAGGUUGCUCCGAAGAGUACCGAACCGAAAUUAACUCCACUUAUAGAGAAACAGGUCCCGGACGUAAUGACCAAUAAUAGUUGGACAACGUACUAUCUGACUUGGUCAGAGACAAUGAUGGAUAUUAAAAAAAAUAAUGUGUCGGUGAUAAGUGAAAGAAUGCCAGGCCCAGUGUUGGUUUAUUGGUUUUCAGUUGCCGCAGCAUCUGGUUGGGUUACGUGGAGCGCUAAUUGUGAACCCUUAGAUCUCGAUGGUCCUCCAAUAGAUGGAGGGUGGUCUGAAUGGUCUCCUUGGACCUGUACAGUAACUUGUGGCGGUGGCGAGGGUUUUCGUACUAGGACCUGCUCAAAUCCGCAUCCUAAUAUUUUCGGAAAGCUUUGCGAAGGGCAUCAUACCGCUUCUGGCGUCUGUAAUGAUUUUCCUUGUGGAGACAUAUCUCCAGAUACUUUGGAAUUAAUACGAGAGAAACUGAAAAUGAAAGCAUAUAGUUAUAUAGUUGAUGAAGAUCACCAUAUUGUUAUUAAAAAUGAUAAGGAUUUACUUAAAAGGGUAAAGAAGGAGUCGCCCGAGGCGUAUUACGAAUGGACUAAGAACGGAGUGUUUAUCAAUACAAAUGAACGAGUCUUGUUUGAAGGGGAUAAUAUAAUUAUUAGAAAAGCUAAACCCGCAGAUGCUGGAACGUAUGUUUCGAUGAUUUUUAGGAUAAAUAAACAUAGAGUGGUGUUAAAAGUAAUCACUUUAUCGGUCAGAGCUUUAAAAUUUAAUGUAGACACUAGGGCUACUUAUGACUAUAAUUUACAGUGUCAUGCUGUUAUUUUAGGUUAUGUUUACUCCGACCUUAGCCUAAAAAUCACACUAAAUAAUGCGACAUAUAUUGAUUACGGCUUAACAACAUUAGCAGCCGUUAACACUUACGCCUUCGAUUCGCUCAACCAAUCGCAUUCCGGCAUUUGGCAGUGUGUGGUCCAGCAGAAAGAUCUUAAGUUGAAGUGGAUCACUAAUUACAUUAAUAUGCGCGUGAAGAAAAAACCCAAUAUCUAUACGCACCUUAUGGAAGAUAAACUAACCGGCUGGUUUUUUGGAAAAUUAGGCAGCGAAGGGGCUGUAUUGGCCGCUGUUAUAGUUAUUACUAUAAUAGUUAUUUUAGGGGUUGCCGCAUUUUUAUUUGUUUAUUUUAAGUUUUUCUUUUUGGAGUCUAGGUAUAAACGAAACAGAAGGCUGUAGAGGUAGUUUAUUAUUAAAUCAAAAUGUUGGGCAAUAA